ACGGAAGCGGAACGAUCGGAGCGGCGAUCUAAACUAAAAUAUGGGUUCUUACGCUGGCCAUGUUCUUCCAGGGUCUAUUUUCAUAAUAUUUGGCCUAUGGUGGUGGUUUAACAUCCUUGCUAAGAUUGCGAAAGCCCAACUAAAUUAUUUCAAAAGACGUUCCCUUGCGCAGCAAGGGCGCACAGAGAAAUUUGACUUCGAACUCGACUUUGAAUCUUCUGUGUGGAUGAAAGUUCCUCUGCCAUGUCUAAGAGAUUUCCCCGCCGAGCCUUGUUUGAAAGUUAUAGGAUGCACUGUAGGAAUCAUUGCGGAGCUGUCGAGAGGCGAAUGGAGCCUUCUAGACAGUCAUGGGCAUUUUUCGCACCUAAACAACUUCGGUCACGCGACAAUGUAUGGUAGUUUUCUGUUGGCUGCCAUGGCUGAAAUUCUUCGCCAUUACAACAUCUUAUUUUUGCCUCCAACAACAGAUUAUGUUAUGUUUUCUAUGGCUUUUUUCCUGGUCGGGGAGUUGUUUUAUUUCCACAUCGAAGGUCGCAACGAUCUAGAACAAAAGGUACAUAUUCCGCUGUACACCGUCGCAUUUUCCAUUGCUUUUAUCAUAAUGCUGGAAGCGUGGCAACGCAAGAGUCUUAUCUUGUGUAUGGUGCGUUCAUUUCUCGUCGUUCUUCUUGGUGCCUGGUUCUUUCAGGUCGCUCAUGUGUUGUACGGGUCUCAUCCUUGGCAAGAUAUAAGUUCAAACCACGCAUUCGUCGCGAUUGUUUUUUCGUGGCACAUACUGGGCUUGCUGGCGUUUUUACUCGUCAAUCUUGUUGUAAUCGGGGUCGUAAUGUUUGCGUUCAGAAAAGCAACAGGAUGGUCGGUAGUCCUUAACCCUUCAGGAUGUCAAGAGAAAAGCGAACUUCACAGUUUGAUGAAUACAGAACAUGAUAACGAAGACGCGUAGACUUGUUAAAACUGAACAUCAAGCGGACGUUGUCGAUCAACUGAAAUUCCAUUGUUAUCAAUAUCAAUUAUCAAUUUUCAUACGAUUGUCAAUUUAUUUUUUCAGCUAAAAAAAAGGAGGUUAAUUAGAACAAAUUAAGGAGCCUCGAUCUAGUAGCAAAUAGAGAUACAGAAACUUUGAGGGUUUUCCUUUAAAGACCGAAUGCUGAUAAAUUGUUAAUUAUAUAAAUUAUGGAAAAACUCUUACGGGAACUGAAACUUUAUAAAACGUAACGAUAUAUGCCUCAAUUUUGUCUUCGAUAAACCUCAUGGCUUACGUGACAUACCAAAAUAUUAACACUAGAGAGUUUUAGAUCCACGUUUGGUGUGUUCACCUAAACGUCAAACCGUGGUCAGUAAUUUUUGGUUAGAAGUUAGAAAGUUUCGAGACUUUCAGCAUUUUAGAUCAGUGCCGCCAUCUUGAAUUACACAAAGGAUGGGGGUCUUGCAUUUCAAACACAAAAUGUGGCUAAAUUUGUUAUAAAGAAAAGACUUCAAUUUACAUAUAUUUAUAGGACAUACAUCAAACUUUCGAAUAGGAAGAAAAAAAGCGCCCAAGGAGUUCAACAACCUGAAACUGCCUUGCCCGAAAAUCGAACGUGGACGGCAAACGGCGAACGUGACCGCUAGAGUCCGGUUACGUGACUCUUAGACGUAUUCAGCCUCCUACUGUGAGAAGACAAAUAACCAUGAAACACAUUAAUAAAUAAAUGAAGAGAUGAAUAGAUUUAUUUCACUCUUCCAGUUCUAAAAAAGGAAAAACAUGAAGCCGUAGUUUUAUCGAUAUGAAAUGUCGCUUUCGCAACAGUAUGGUGUAAGGAAUGGGUUGUUUAUAUUAACUUAUACUCUGCUGGUAUGUUAAAUGAUAUUUCCGUCGGUGCUGCGGCGGGUUUUGGUGUGCAUACAUUUUUACCGUUUUUAUCGGCAAAGAAUUUUAAAAAUUAAAAUGACAUCUUUUAAACUCAAA